AUGUGUGAGGAGGCUUGCGUCAUCCACAAGACGAAGGUGGAACAGAUCGUGCCGGGACAAGAGGCAAAAGUCAUUGCACAACGUUUGGGGUGCGUGGACUUUGUAGCCACACUGGAGGGUGCUCCAGACACCCAGCUCAUUGUCCAUGGGAAAGAGGUGCGCAUGUGCCUUUCCUGCAGAGAGGAGAUUCAGUCCCUGAAGACGGUCCCUGCCACGUGGCGUGAAUUUGUCCAAUCGGAGGGAGCAGGCGCCGAGUACACGGAGGAGGAUCCGCUCACCUUUCAGGAAGAAGCUCUGCGGGUCGGACAAUUGGUAACACUGGUUGGAGACUUGCACCGUGAUGCUUCCGGGCAACUUCUGCUUUGGCCUGCGCCAGCGCUACAGCAGGGUGGUGCCGCCUUGGCCCCUCUGCUUGAUGGCGUGCACGUGCUUGUGAGCAAACAUCUCAGUGAAUUUGUUCCUUGCGUGUUUGAUCUUGGGCUCCUCGAGAGUCAAGAGUUCUCUCGUUGCGAGACCGUUGAAUUUCUUGGCGUGGUGUCAAGGUCGGGCCUGCUUCAGGCAUUUGACAGUGCGCUGACAGGUGCUGGCGACACUGAAGGGCAGUAUGCGCCCCUGCGGUUUUGCGAGCAGCUGACCGGCCGUUUGCCUGGUGCGGAGAAAGUGGACGUCGCAGCCGAGGAGGGUGGUUGCUUGGCUGAGAAAAAGUUUUGCAAGGACUUAUUGGACUGUUUGCCAGCUCUCAAGUUCACAACCAUGUGCAAGUUCCACUUGAUGAAAAAGUGCGUCCGCGGGAGUAGUUGUACGUUCGCCCACGACGAGUCGCAGCUGCGUGGCAAGCCCGACCUCACUGGCACCAAGAUUUGCCGAUUCUUUGCCACCGGCCUGCUGGCUUUUGAAGACUCCCCAUACCGGAUGCUCUGGUAUCUUUCUGUACUUAUGGAAGGGGAACAACCGUUAACGGCUGUCAGCAGCAAGCGCAAGUAUCUGGGGGAGGACCGUCUGGUGAAAUCCGACGUCCUCAUCGAGAUUGCACUAGUGCAUGCUGGCCAAGAGAUUGCGUUCGGUUUGGAGGAGGGAAGAGUGAAGAGUGCGAAGCAGAUUAGACAUCAAGGAAAAGGCGUCAGAAUUGUUUGCUAUUUCAACUGUGUAAGAACAGCCACGCGCUGUCACUCGGCGGCGCUAGCGAACUUUGACGAAACUAGCUUGGCGGAGGUUGGCCUUAGGCCUGGCGAUUCCCGCCGCUUCAUCGCUCUCAUCGCAGUGCUCAGCCAGGUAGUGACCGAGUGCAUGCCGACCGGUUAUCAUUCAAAAGUUCGUGUGAGGGAGUUGAUGCAUGUUGGUGCGAACCUCCUCUCCUUGUGCUGCGCUGAGUCAAGGAUCCUCCCAGGGCACCGCCUGGCCGAGCGAGAAGGCUUGCCGCCAGUCCCCGAGGUGGCUGCCGUGAAUGGGGAAUCAAGUUUUGGCCUCAUCCGAAGGAAUCGCGGAGCCCUGCGCCAGGGCCGUUCUGUGCCCGCGGACCAGAAGCAAAAAGCUGAGGUCCUUUACCUCUUUGGACAGCUCGAUCUUGCAGCCUCAGACGGCAGGAAGAACAUGGCCUCAGAGCUCUUUCGAAGGAUCAUGGAGGUCGAUCCUGCACUCGCCACGGCAGGUUUGACUGCCACGCUGCUCUGGAACACUUUGCUGAAGGCGUACAAGCCGUGCAGGACGGAUCCUGCAUCUCUCAACGAGGAAGCGCUUGCAGAAAUCAUGCAGGCCUACCUCCAAGCUGGACAGACUGCCCCCAUGGAAUGGUGGAUAAGGUUCUGGGGACGACUGGGAGAAGACCAAGCUGGAAGCCCGUAUGUGGUGGCGGCGUCAGUCCUCAUGAGGCAGCACACGGCAGCGGCCGUGCAGGACGGUCGCAGGUAUCUGAAACAUUUUGUCCAGCAGCCCCGGCCUAACACGGGCUUGGCAACUGAGCUUGGACAACUCCGACGAAUGAUGCAGGGCAUGGCUGCGGGCCAUCGCAGCCUCGUUCCCUAUCAGGAGGUCUGGGCGACCUUUCAGACCUUGCUGCUCACUUCCACCCACUUGGAGCCGGAUGAUGGGGUCUUCCAAAUCGUCGUCGAGGCUUUCCUGGAAGCGCAAGACGAAGUGGGCGUGGUGGAAUGGCUCUCCCGAGCCAGGCUUGCCGGAUGUACCCCGCAGAGUUGGAAGCAUUCGGAGGCACUGGCACAAAGGCUGGAAGCUAUAAAGCAGAAGCGGCGGCAGGAGAUGGCUUGGCGCAGGAUGGAGAAGAGAAGAGUACUGGAUGAAAAAGAUCAGGACGAAAAUUGGAGGGCAAGUGGGUUGCACAUGGAAUUGCCAUAA